GCGAUUCGACGUCGGCGGCAAACGCACGCCGCACCGACCAAGUUAUUUGCGCAACCGUUCACGUAAUACUUAUGUAAUUCGGCCCCAAAAUUUGAUCGCUAAAAUGCUGGCUUUCGAAUAAUGUGCUAUUUAAAUAUGUGCUAGUGUUGUGAAUAAUAUAGAAAAAAAUGAAAAUUAGAAAAUGAGAGCAGAAAAUGAUAAUAGCUCCGAUUAUACAAAUAUAUCAAAAAUGUCCAAAAUGGAAACGCAAGCGAAACACACCUACAAUGUUGACGAAAAUAUGAACAAAACCGAGACACUUACGGAAAUACAACGGUUUUACCAUGGCAAGAAUGUGCUCAUCACCGGCGCUACGGGCUUCCUCGGCAAGAUCCUGGUGGAGAAGCUUCUGAGAUGCUGUCCUGGAGUGGAGAACUUGUAUCUUCUAAUACGACAAAAAAAGGGGAAGGACAUUUAUACGAGAAUGGAGGAAAUUUUUGAUGAUCCGAUCUUCGGGCAGCUCAAGAAAGAAGUGCCGAAGUUCAGGCACAAGAUCGUGGUGGUGCCGGCGGACUGCGAGUCGGCAGGAUUGGGGCUCACGCUCUCCGACACGCAGAUGUUGACCGAAAAGGUGAACAUAAUAUUCCAUUCAGCAGCGACGGUUAAGUUUGACGAACAUUUGCGAGCUGCUUUGGGAACCAACGUGCGGGCGCCGCUCAGCCUUCUCAGGCUAGCCAGGGAUAUGAAGGGGUUAGAUGUUUUAAUGCACAUAUCGACGGCAUAUUCAAACUCCCACCUUCGUAAAAUAGAAGAGAAGUUCUACCCGUGUCAAGCAGAAUGCGACCAACUUCAAACGUUAAUAGAUAAACUGACAGAUGAACAGAUCAACGAUGUUUUGCCCAAAGUACUAGGUCCUUGGCCAAAUACCUACACAUUCACCAAAGCUCUAGCAGAGAAAGAAAUCAGGAGGAACUCCGGUGAUCUACCCGUUGGUAUUUUUAGGCCGGCGAUAGUGACUUCAACCGCAAAAGAACCUUUGAAAUGUUGGCUGGACAACAUGUAUGGACCUACUGGAGUCGCGGUUGGCAGUGCAACAGGAAUAGUUCGGACACUGCACUGUGACCCGGAAGUGACUGCGGAUAUAGUGCCCGUGGAUCUAGUCGUCAACUGCCUAAUCGCUUCUGCUAGGAGCGUUCAUAUAGCUUACAAACAAAGUCCACCACCUCCAGUACCACCGAUCUUCAACUACGUGAGUUCAGUCGAGAACAGAAUAACGUGGGGAGAUUUCAUGGAGCAAAAUGUCAUAAAAGUUGACAAAUACCCUUUCUCUAACGCUGUGUGGUUUAUUUCAUUGUCCCUAACGAAAUCAGCACUUCUAAACCGAAUCUGCAUAAUCUUCCUACAUUUGGUACCGGCAGCGCUGGUGGACGGCUUGGCUAUCUGCCUUGGGAAGACACCUAAAAUGCUGAAGGUGUACAGGAAAGUUCAUAAGUUUUCGUCAAUUUUAUCAUAUUUUUGCACAACCGAAAUUAAUUUCUGCAAUCGGCGGACGCGAGAGCUUUGGGACAAAACUUCUGAUGCUGAUCGACAGCUGUUCCCGUUCAGCAUGGCCGAAGUUGACUGGGAGGAGUAUUUCGAAGAGUACAUCGUGGGCAUCAGGCGGUACCUGUUCAAGGAAAGCGAUGACACACUACCCAGAGCCAGGAUUAAGUGGAAAAGAUUAUACUAUCUACAUCAGAUAGCACGAGUUAUUUUCCCACUACUAGUGUUAUAUUGUUUAUGGACACUUUUCAAAUUACUAUGGUGAUUUGUGUAGAAUAUGUACAAAUGAUGCGAAUAUUUAAAAAUAACAUACACUAAGUGCAAUAGCAAUUUGUAAAAAGCCGAAAAUAUGCUUUAAUUUUAAUAUUAACAAGCAAUCCGAGCGUUGCGCCCGCUAAAAUAGUGUGCUUUUUAUUAUCAACUAUGGUUAUGGAAUCAAAGUUAUACACCCGGCUGUGGUUUUCUUUUUUUUUUAUUUCUUUGUUGGGCGAAGGAAUCUGGUUAACGGCCAAUCAAAGGGGAAUAUAUUGUACUGAGUAAAAAUAACCAUGGGCAGGCAUUUUAUUUUCACAGUUGUAAAAUAAACAGCACAGACAUUAUGUAAGCGCAACGUUAAUAGAAUAUUCGAGUAAAAUAUUUUUUGUUACCAAAUGACUCACGUAUGAGUUAGGUACCUGAAAAUAGAGACGCAGAAAUAUAGCGCCAUCUAACGUUUCUGGCUGACAAUUAUUAAACAGGCUAGCUUAGCAGAUAAUUUUAAAUACAUAAAACUUCAAAAGUUCUAGUUCCAAUCUAUUUACAAAUACAUUAAAAUAUACGCACGUAGGGGUCCGUUGAAUUUUGAUAAAAUGGGCAUUAAACAUAGCAUAGAUUCUACAUUUACUACAUCUUAAAAUAUUUACACAUAAAAAAAAUAACAAGAUAAAUUAUACCUACGCUAGUUAGUCAAUCACCUUUAACGACAAAAUAUUCAACUCAAUAUUGUGGAACACCCUGUAUAAGUCAGUCAGUAAACGGUCAGUCAAACAACGGCUCAUCACUUGUAGGGGUAAUGUGAAUAAAUGUAAAUGUUAGUUUAAAUGAAAAUAUUAGUUACUGGAAAUAAAUAUUUUAUAUACAAAGGAUUUCGU